AAAUAACAGUCAGGAUUAUUGGUAUCAUUAGUCUCUUACUAUUUGAAUAGGAUACUAUGUGUUAUUUUAGGCAAAAUAUAUAUCUCACGAAAUACAAUUCGUUAUAGGCUUGAUUUUGGUUUCUUACGUAUUUCAUAGCACUGAUCGAUCGCUAAAAUGUUUAGGCCGUUUAUAGCACUGGUGUUCCUUGCUCUAUGUUUGUUACAAGUGGUUCGUUCAAACUCACUGCUGAGUUGCCAGGUUGUAACAGAAGGAUUGGAAAGUGAAACACAAAACCAAUGCAACUGUACAUUUGUUCGAAGCUUGAUUCAACAAGCCAUUAAUAAUGCAAAGAAAUGCAGUGGUGUGGUUUACGGGGGAAGAUGUAUUCGUUUCAUUUACACAAGUGGCUACGGCAUGUCGAGGCCUGAUGCUAGGAACAUGUGUGUUUACCAUGGUGGAACAUUGGUUGAUAUUGUGAACCAAGAAAUGUACAACUUAAUCUACAACUACGCUAAGGAGGCGUGGGAUGCUUACAUUGAUCGGAACCCAAACUAUGUGGAAAUGUGGUUGGCUUCUACAUACCAGAGUGGUACAGUUCGAUCCUCAGUGACUGGUGAAGUUAUUUACGCGAGAUGGCAUCCUACCUUCCCACAAACAGAUAACCGGCAUGCCAUGGGACUCGUAGUUGCUACCAAAGCAUCCCGUGGAAGCUUGCAUGGAAUGUUCAAUUACUUUCCAAGCCAUCCAUACCUUGUACCUUUGUGCUCGUUCCCGAUUUAAAUAAAAAUAAAUGGACCAAAUACU